UAAUUAUUUUUAGUUUUAGUUUCUACGCGGUUGAUUGAUUGUAUGAUUGAUGUGAGUGAUUUAUUCUCUUGUUGAGGAAAGUUAAACCCUUGUUUGGUUUGCGAGAAAAAGGAGGGAAAAAAUAUGAAAAUGAAAAAUCUACUGGAAAGUUUGUGUUUUGGGUAUUUCUUUGAAUAUUUAAAUUCUGGGUUUCCCUUCUUGGAACUGGAGAGGAGAGGAGAGGAGCAUUUGGGAUUUAAAAAGUGGGUUUUUGUUGUUGUUUUUAAUGAGUUUUUUUUUAGCUAUUCAUUUAUGGGAUUGCAUUAGUAAAUGCUGCUUUUCAAAGUUAAAGUUUCGAGGCUUAACGAAAAAAAAUGCGUUUUUUGAAUUGGUAGGUUUUAUGGGUUAGCUUAGCAGAUUCAUGAGUGUUUUUUAUUUUUUGAAGGGCAGUGGGAUUACUUUCUAGAUGGAAAAAUGGAGGAUAUUAAGAUGAUAAGUGUUUUAGGGUUUUUGGGAGUUGUUUAGUGACUUUGGGUUUUGCCUUUUUUUUUCCUUUUCUUUUUUUUAAUGUGGAGAUAGGUUUGGGGUUAAGAGUUUGAUGGUGAAUGGGGGUUCAAACGAUGGCAUCGCAAAGCAAUGGCCAACAAUCUCAUAUGCAGCCGUGUCAAUUGAUGAGGCAAACCUCGUGGUAUAACCUCACUCUCAACGAAGUUGAAAACCAAAUGGGAAACUUAGGGAAGCCCUUGUGUAGCAUGAACCUUGAUGAGCUUCUUAAAAAUGUAUGGAGCACCGAAGCAAAUCAAUCGAUGGGAAUGGAUAGUGAAAGUACCGCAACAUCUUCUCUUCAACGUCAGGCUAGUUUCACAUUGGCUAGGGCAUUGAGUGGGAAGACAGUGGAUCAAGUCUGGAAAGAGAUUCAAGAAGGGCAGAAGAAGAGGUUUGGUCAGGAAAUGAACGUUCAGGAAAGAGAGCAGACACUUGGCGAAACAACUUUGGAGGAUUUUUUGGUACAAGCAGGACUUUUUGCCGAAACAACUAUAAGCCCUUCUUUAGAUUUGGUUACUGUUGCUGCAGUGACUCCGCAAUGUUUUCCACAGAAUAGUGUCCUCUCCUCAUCCCCUUCAAUUGGCACGCUAUCUGACUCUACGACAUCGGGAUGGAACAGGGAUGCCCCAGAUGCACUUGAGAAGAGUCUUGACAGGAGGCUCAAGAGAAAGAUCAAGAACAGGGAAUCUGCUGCCCGUUCUCGAGCUAGAAAACAGGCCUAUCAUAAUGAGCUGGUGAGCAAGGUUUCACGUUUAGAGGAGGAGAAUAUAAAGCUCAAGAAAGAGAAGGAAUUUGAGAAGAAGUUCCCAAUUGAACCUUCACCUGAACAGAAAUAUCAGCUUAGAAGAACGAGUUCUGCUGCUUUCUGACAUACAUCUCUCUAUUUGAAAGAUUUGUAGUUGAUCAAGCGUUAUUGCUAGCCUCCUGGGUUUGUGUGGAAAAUGCUGUGGAAAUUCAUCACAAGGCUGCUUCACCGCUGCUGCUACUGUUGUGAUUCCACCUAGCCCGCCAUUAGCUUUCAUCAUAUGUACAUUCAAGAUGAUCUUGGUAUUUUAUACAGCACCAUAUGUGCAAUGUUUAUAACUUUAUAUGUCUAGGCUCCGACUUUGAGAAAGAAUUGUGUCUCACCCGUGUAAUAGAUUGUGAGAAUUUUAAGACAUGGACAUCAUUAACUUAAUUGUAACCAAUUUCUCGAAAUUUCUCUUUC